AUGUCGACUGACACAUUUUCAUCCGAUUCUUCCACUUCCUCUCCAUCCACUUCAGACCCUCCAUCUCCCCCAUUAAUAGCAAAAUGUCGUGUUUGUGGUAUGCCUUCUCGUGGCAACCAUUUUGGAGUUCUCUCUUGUCGAGCUUGUGCCGCUUUUUUCAGACGGUCAUUCGUACAGAAAAAGGAGUACAAGUGUCGACAGAGGAAUGUUGGAAAAUGUGAUGUCAGUGGGAAUGAUAGAUAUCAGUGCAGGGCAUGUCGGCUGAAAAAGUGCAAGGAACUGGGUAUGACACCAGAAAAUGUUCAAAUGGAUAGAAAUUCGGAAUCUUUCGAUGAGUCAAUGUCGUCAGAUGGGUCAUUCAGUUUAGCAUUGGAACCAGUACAACACUCAACUCUUUAUCAAAGUCUCAAAAAUCCGAAAAUUCUGAUAGAUGUUACACCGACUAUCAACAAAUUGAAAACAGUGUUGGCGAGUUCAAUGCCUCCUCUGAUCAAUGGUGAAUAUUUCAAAAUGAACACCCUUGAACGCAUGAAAUUCGCACUCUGGAACUACAGAUCGGAACGAAAGUUCGGAGAUCUGAAAUUCGAAAAACAGAUAAUUGUGGAAAUACCGAAUAAAAAGUGGGAGUGUGAUUUGAUACGAAUAGCCAACUGGUUACUACACUCGGAACAUUUUCGAUUGUUAGGACUGGAAGAGAAGAUGGCAAUAUUCAAAAAGAUUUGGAUGCGAUGGAGGAAAUUCGAGAAAUGGUUGAUAUCAGUUGAUACAUUUGGACAUAAAGUUUACAAAGAGAACGUGAUUGUUUGUUCAAAUUAUAAUGCAGCAAAUCUAAAUAAGGUGCAAAUCGAUUACUCGAAUAUCACGGAUCGAUCAAAUGAAGAAAUGAAUCAACUAUUCGGAAAACAACUGUGGCGAAUGCAACGAGAAGUCGCAAAACCGUUAGCGGAACUGUCGCCAUCGACGAUUGAGAUGACGUACAUGCUGUGCCAAUUAGUUUGGAAUAGUUUAGACAUCGAACUAGACAACUACUCAGCCGAUGUUGGCGAGAAAUUCCUGACCGAGAUCUCCGAAAAUCUACACGAAUACUAUGUACAACAAAACAUUCAAAACUAUGCUUGGCGCCUUCACAAACUUAUGAAAAUCGUGAAUAAUGUGAAAGAAAUUGAGCGGGAGCGAGAGGAAAUGAUGAAGUUGGCCGAGCUGUUCGAUGUUUUCAAAAUUAAACUCUCUGACAAAGAUCUCUUCAUUUGUUGA